AUCUAAUUCAAUCGCCCCUCCCUCCUCUCGGAUCUCCCACCACUCUCUUUCCCUUCAAAGCCGAAGGAAAACAUUUACAACAGAAAGCAAGGAAAAAGAACAGUAGUAGUGAAGGAGAGUGAGAGAAAUGGGGGACUGUACGAGGAAUUGUAAGCGAAAUGCACCAUUGGAGGGCUCAAGCACCGGCGCCACGGCUGUGUCGAAGAGGAGGAGAAUCGUUGGUUUGCCUGACGAGAAUGUUGAGCUCGAGAGCUACCCAGCUCGUUCCAGCUUCGUGGACUUGCCUGAGAAUGCGGCUGCUCCAGCUAAUUCAGCAGACUCCAGAGCGGCAAACGUCGGUGUUUUAUGCUCGAGCUUUUGUACGGACCAGCUCACGGCGUCUUGUUGCUCUAGCAAUGAUCAGUCGAACGAGGACGUGAGAGACAACUCGAGGCUCAUGGAUCUGGAGGCCAAGAUCAGUUUCGAAACCGUAGACUCAACGUACAUCAACAACAAACUCAGCCGAGAGACGACGCCGUCGAGCGACCUCUGCGGAGACUCGGACGAAAUGGACUCGCUGGCGAGGAAACCUUCGGCAGAGAAUCAUCGGCCGAGCAUCCUGGUGGCGAAGGCUCCACCGAAGGAGGAGAUCGAGGAGUUCUUUGCAACGGCCGACAAGUACGAGCAAAAGCGGUUCGCGGAGAAGUACAACUAUGACAUUGUGAAGGAUGUGCCCAUGGAGGGUCGGUACCAGUGGGUUCGUUUGAAGCCAUGAAAAAAAAGGAGAAAGAUGAGCUAAACUGACACUGGGUAGCAUAGAAGGGUUGCAUGCGACUACAUUUAUCUGAUUUGGGCUGGCUGAGCCUGAGGAGGAGGUAGAACUAGAAGGCGGUUUUUUGGUUUAUUAUUGUACAGCAUUCUGUCAUCUACCUACUACUAGUAGUAGUACUAUUACUAUUUAAGAAGGAACGAAGCUCUGCCUUCCUUUGUACUACAACUUCUAAAAGAAGCUUCAGUAUCUGCAAACAUCCCUUUCGGAAUGAAGCAUAAUUUCAAAAACAAAUAUUAAAAAAAAAAAAAAAUUUCCUCUU